GUGAGCAGUGGCUGCGGCGGCGCGCGCAAAGCUGUAGCGUCGGUGGUGAAGCGACUCGUGGCUGCGGAGCGUGUCAGCUGCGACCCCUCGGCGCCAGGCAGCCAUGGACCUCGCGGCCGCAGCGGAGCCGGGCGCCGGCAGCCAGCACUUGGAAGUCCGCGACGAGGUGGCAGAGAAGUGUCAGAAACUGUUCCUGGAUUUCUUGGAGGAGUUCCAGAACAGUGAUGGAGAAAUUAAGUACUUACAGUUAGCAGAGGAGCUCAUUCGUCCCGAGAGAAACACGUUGGUUGUGAGUUUUGUGGACCUGGAGCAAUUUAACCAACAACUUUCUACCACAAUUCAAGAAGAGUUCUAUAGAGUUUACCCUUACCUAUGUCGGGCCUUGAAAACCUUCGUCAAAGACCGAAAAGAGAUUCCUCUUGCCAAGGAUUUUUAUGUUGCAUUCCAAGACCUACCUACCAGACACAAAAUUCGAGAACUCACAUCAUCCAGAAUUGGUUUGCUCACUCGCAUCAGUGGGCAGGUGGUACGGACUCAUCCCGUUCACCCAGAGCUUGUGAGUGGAACAUUCCUGUGCUUGGACUGUCAGACAGUGAUCAAGGAUGUAGAACAGCAGUUCAAAUACACACAGCCGAACAUCUGCCGAAAUCCAGUUUGUGCCAACAGAAGGAGAUUCUUGCUGGAUACAAAUAAAUCAAGAUUUGUUGAUUUUCAAAAGGUUCGUAUUCAAGAGACUCAAGCUGAGCUUCCUCGAGGGAGUAUCCCCCGAAGUUUAGAAGUGAUCUUGAGAGCUGAAGCUGUGGAAUCAGCUCAAGCUGGUGACAAGUGCGACUUUACAGGGACUCUAAUUGUUGUGCCUGAUGUCUCUAAGCUUAGCAUACCAGGAGCACGUGCAGAAACUAAUUCCCGUGUAAGUGGUGUUGAUGGAUAUGAGACGGAAGGCAUUCGAGGACUCCGGGCUCUUGGUGUUAGGGAUCUUUCAUACAGGCUGGUCUUUCUUGCAUGCUGUGUUGCACCCACCAACCCAAGGUUUGGAGGGAAAGAGCUCCGAGAUGAGGAACAGACCGCUGAGAGCAUUAAGAACCAAAUGACUGUGAAGGAGUGGGAGAAAGUGUUUGAAAUGAGUCAGGAUAAAAAUCUGUACCACAAUCUCUGUACCAGCCUGUUCCCUACUAUACAUGGUAAUGAUGAAGUAAAACGGGGUGUCUUGCUGAUGCUCUUUGGUGGUGUUCCAAAGACAACAGGGGAAGGAACCUCUCUUCGAGGGGACAUAAAUGUUUGCAUUGUUGGUGACCCAAGUACAGCUAAGAGCCAGUUUCUCAAGCACGUGGAGGAGUUCAGCCCCAGAGCUGUCUACACCAGUGGCAAAGCAUCCAGUGCUGCUGGCUUAACAGCAGCUGUUGUAAGAGAUGAAGAAUCUCAUGAAUUUGUCAUUGAAGCUGGAGCUUUGAUGUUGGCUGAUAAUGGUGUAUGUUGUAUUGAUGAAUUUGAUAAGAUGGAUGUGCGGGAUCAAGUUGCUAUUCACGAGGCUAUGGAACAGCAGACCAUCUCUAUCACUAAAGCAGGAGUGAAGGCUACUCUGAAUGCCAGGACGUCCAUUUUGGCAGCAGCAAACCCAAUCAGUGGACACUAUGACAGAUCAAAAUCUUUGAAACAAAAUAUAAAUUUGUCAGCUCCCAUCAUGUCCCGAUUUGAUCUCUUCUUUAUACUUGUGGAUGAAUGUAAUGAGGUUACAGAUUAUGCUAUUGCCAGACGUAUAGUAGACUUGCAUUCAAGAAUUGAGGAUUCCAUUGAUCGUGUCUAUUCCCUUGACGAUAUCAGGAGGUAUCUUCUCUUUGCAAGACAGUUUAAACCCAAGAUUUCUAAAGAGUCAGAGGACUUCAUUGUGGAACAGUAUAAACGUCUCCGCCAGAGGGAUGGCUCUGGGGUAACCAAGUCUUCAUGGAGGAUUACAGUACGACAACUCGAGAGUAUGAUCCGUCUCUCUGAAGCAAUGGCUCGAAUGCACUGCUGUGACGAGGUCCAGCCUAAACAUGUGAAGGAAGCUUUCAGGCUACUGAAUAAGUCAAUCAUCCGUGUAGAAACACCUGAUGUUAAUCUAGAUCAAGAAGAAGAGGCCCAGAUGGAGGUAGAUGAGGGCCCAGAUGGCAUCAAUGGUCAUGUUGACAGCCCUGCUCCUGUGAAUGGAAUCAAUGGCCACAGUGAAGACAUAAACCAAGAUUUGGUUCCUAAAGCCUCCUUAAGGCUGAGCUUCCCCGAGUACUGCCGAAUCUCCAACCUUAUUGUACUUCACCUCAGAAAGAUGGAGGAAGAAGAGGAUGAGUCAGCAUUAAAGAGGAGUGAGCUUGUUAAUUGGUACUUGAAGGAAAUCGAAUCAGAAAUAGAUUCCGAAGAGGAACUUAUAAAUAAAAAGAGAAUCAUAGAGAAAGUCAUUCAUCGACUCACCCACUAUGAUCAUGUUCUAAUUGAGCUCACCCAAGCUGGAUUGAAAGGCUCCACAGAAGGAAGUGAGAGCUAUGAAGAAGACCCCUACUUGGUAGUUAACCCUAAUUACUUGCUGGAAGAUUGAGAUACUGAAAGUAACUAACUGAGAGACUCUGGCCCCUGCGUCCUGGCCUGGAGUCCGGAUGUAGCUCUACUCGCAAGAGAAAUGUUUCUGGGAGCAAGGCUUCAGGAAAAUUUAUUUUGAGGAAUAAGAACCUAGUUGGUGUCCUGUAUGUCACAUUCCUGUAAUACGCUUUUGUAUUAACAUAAGCUAUGUUUCUUGUCUAGAUGAAGUUGGAACCCAGUGUUUGGUCUCUGUAACCAAGACCUUGUUUUCACAUAUAUAGGAAAAGGUGCAGUUCUUUUAUGGUAUGUGAAUAACUUUUUAUAAUUGCCAACGACUGCUUUUCUUCAUCAAAAUAAAAUAAUGUGUUCUUCA